UCGAAGUCCCAAGUACACCCUUCUUGUUUCUCUGGCCAGCAGCUGUAGCCAGACUCUACAUAUUUUCCUGCACCUGACACAAAUCCACAACUCACUUCGAUACACACCUUUCCUACCAAACAACAUCGUCAACACCUCCACCGAUAAUCACUACCAACCACUGCCACCAGCCGCCACAAAAGCAACGAUGUCACUCCCUCUCGUCCGCCUCUUCCCCCGGCUGGUCCGACCCACCGUCGCGACUACCUCCAUCACCGCAACCCGUUACAAGAGCCACAAAGCCAACACCAGCGGCGACGUUCCGUCGAAAGACGAGCUCAAGCCCACAUCGAAAGAGUCGACCCGAUCCGGCACGAACGACCAGAUUGCGCACGAAGACGCUGCGUUCAACCCCAAUUCGAAUCCGGUUGAGGAGAAGGGUGAUGUCGGUCGGGAGGAAGGAUCACCAUCGUACGGAAUGGAGAACCCACUCGAGUUCUCUGGUGCUACCCCGGAGGUAUCGCACCAGACCCGCGACGACCGCGUGGUUAAGGGAGGAGACAAGAAGCCAAGUGGAGGAAGCAAGGGUGCUUAAGGGGAUUGAUGUACAUGAAAUAGAGCUGUACAUAAUGCAUCGAUUGGGAGCAUGGCAUAAUGAAGGGUGAAUGCUGAUGAUUUGAGGCUCGUUAUUCGCCAAGUGCAUGAUUAGCUGUGUGAUAUUCCGAGUGUCCAACUUUUGGGCUUUUGGGAGUUUUUCGUCCUCUUGUAAUAUUA